UCCGCGGGCUGGAUCCUGCCAGUGGUCCCAAUCCGGAGCCUGGGGCGGACGCAGCAGGCCCUAUCGGGCCGCGCGGAGCGGGAGCCUGGCCCCAACCCAGUCUUGCAGGGAGCCGUCCAGCCUCGGCCUCCACCCAGCCCCGCUGCGCAGGAAGGGGGCCGGGGCGCGGGCGGCGGUGCGGCCCAGCCCUUUGCAGGGAAGGAGCCACCGCGCGCACGGGGCUUGCAGCUCGGCAAUUCGGGCAGGGCGGCGCGUGGCCGUGCCCAUUUGCCCCGCCGCCCAACGUCCUGACCCGUGGGGAGCCCGCGGCCAGCUGCCACGGCUCCACGCCGGCACUGGGCUCGAGGGCGCGGGGAGGCGUCCUGUGACUCGGACCAGAGUCCAGGGGCCACAGGGGUCCCCGGGCCCGGCCAAGGCAUGCAGAAGUAUGCUGGACACUGCAGAAAGAAGGGAACGUCUAAUAACCAAAUUAAAGCUUGUGACUGAAGGGAUCCUUAUGAGCGUCUAGUCUGACUUUCUGCAUAGCAUGUUGGAGAACUUCAACCAAAGAACUGCCCGGGAGUGAGGAGCAGCACAAGAUGUCACUGAUAAGAUCCAUAGUCACCAUUUCUGAGAGCCCUGAGCAGGAAAUAUCCCCUACAAGUCCUGGCAUAGUGGAAGUACAGCAGCACCACCCUCCAGAGGAGAACAGAUCUGCUCACAGUGGGGGAGGCGUGAGAAAACGCAAAGGCACCAUUGUACGCCGCCGAAUGUUCAUGGGAGAGAGGCCAAACAUCUGUAUUGAGUGCGGUAAAAGUUUUCUUCAGAGCUCAGACCUUAUUAAUCACCGGAGAAUCCACACAGGGGAGAAGCCCUAUCAGUGCCUCGACUGUGGAAAGAGUUUCAGCGUGAGCUCGAAUCUUAUCAGGCAUCAGAGAACCCACACGGGGGAGAAAGUUUAUAACUGUUCUGACUGUGGGAAAAACUUCCUGGACAAGUCAACCCUGACCCAGCACCAGCAUGUCCAUGCAGGAGAGAAACCCUAUACAUGCAUCGACUGUGGGAAAACCUUCAGCCGGAGCACCCAUCACAGGAGACACCUCAACAGCCCUCCUGGGAUUAGGCAGACUAAAUGCACCUACCAGGAAAGCCCCACUGUUGGGAAGGUCAAAGAAACCAAAGGGUCCAGGAGGAGAAGCACAGCCUUUGAGAUCCCCAACACGUGCGCGGAGUGCUGGCAGAGCUUCAGCCAGAACUCAGACCUGGUCAAGCACAUGCGCAUCCACACGGGUGAGAAACCCUAUGAGUGUCCUGACUGUGGAAAAAGGUUUAAUGUGAGCUCGAACCUGAUCAGGCACCAGCGGAUUCACACAGGAGAGAAGCCGUACACAUGCUCUGACUGUGGGAAAAGCUUCACUGACAAAUCCACCCUGACACAGCAUCACCGUAUCCACACAGGGGAGAAACCCUAUAUAUGCACUUACUGCGGAAAGAGCUUCAGUCACAGCUCUCACCACAAGAGACACGAGAAAAUCCACAAAGGCGUGAACCCAGUGUCCUUCCUGCCUUUGUGGCCCUACUCUACUCAAGCAUUCUAACGAAUGGGACACAUUAAAAAACCAGUAAGGGGAUUGUUGUAAAAUGGGGAAAAGCAUAAAAGAGACUGAGAUCUGAGUUACCUGCAAAUUAGGAACCACCAUACGUGAUCAGACUCAGCGGUGAAGCUACUCCAAUCCCCUGUCUCCAAAAGUGGCUUUUAACCACAUACCUCAAAGGAAAGCAUGAAACUCCCAUAAGGGACAGUUUUGCAAUAACCUGCCCAUGGGGGAAAGUGGCUGCCUGCUUUCAGGCAGUUAGUUACCUGGCUGUUGUUCUCAACAUGAAUAUCCCUUACAGACUUUUAUCUUAGCCACUGUGCUUGCGGAUGGCAUUUUUUGUCAUUCACAUAGAUGUGUCUAAUUCCCUUGUUUUGGAAUCCCACUCAUGGUUUUUGUAACAGUUUGUGCCAAUGAGUUCCACAUGCUAGUUAUACAUUGGGUAGGGUAGUAUUUUUUGCCAGUAAAUUAGCCCCCUCUGAUUUCAGUGAGCAUCCCCUUUUCCUUGUACUGUGAGGGAGGCCUUGUACUGUGAAGGAGCCUGCUUUGUCGGUACUUUUUCUGUCCCGUUCAUUAUUUUGUACUCUUUUGUCAGGUACCCAUCUUUCAUCUGCUGGCUAAACAGUUCCCAUCUGUUCAGCCUCUCCUCAUACAGAAGCAUCUCGAUUUUUCUAAUAAUUGUUGUCAGUUGUCCCUAAGCCCCUUCUAAUUCUACUAUAUAUUUUUGAGAUGAGGCCACCAGAUUUGAAUGCCAUAAUCCACAUUGGGUGUCCCAUCAGUUUACAUAGUGGCAUUAGAAUAGUCUCAGUAUUAUUUUCUAUUCACUUAUUUAUCCAUACUAACUUUUUAAACAACCUCUGCACACAGUGCAGGGGUUUUCAUUGAUCUAUCUACAAAGACUCCUGGGAUACUUUCCUUAGUCAUUACAAUUAAUUUAGAUCAUAGCUACGUGUAUGAGUAAAUGAUAUCGUCCCUUUUAAUGGGCCACUUGGUGCCAAAAUUUUUCAGGUAAAACUCCCAAUUGAAGUGAACAGCGAUUUUAAGAUCUACCUGGCAGAGACUUAAAAUUCAGCUACAGGUUUUGGAUGCCACGUAUGGUGUUUCCAAAAGUGCCUAAGAGAGAUCUGUACAAUUUUCCCAAUACAGCUAAGUGCAUCGUGGAGAGGAUGGCCCCACCCACUCUCCUUUGAGCCCUCGGCAGGCAUGUCUAUACAUUCAUUUAAGAGCACCAAAAUUUAAUGUGCAUUAUCUUAAUGUGCAUUAAGCAGGUUUAGGCAGGCAUCUACACAUGCAGGCGUUAAAGCACAUUGACAUGUUUACACAUGCGUUAAUGUGCUCUAAUUAUUUGUGCAUUUCCAGGUAUCAAAUUUAAGCAUGAAUAGCCUAAAGUCACCAUUUUUAACACGCAGUUAGGGCGUACAUGUGUAGACGCACGCCCUUAAUGCACAUUAACUUAGGCAAACGUGCAUUAAAGCGUCACAUGUAGACAUGCCCAGCAUGUACAAAACCCAAAACUGAAGUCCUCCCAUUUCACUCUCAAGAGCCCUGUCUCCAGUGGCUUGAGUACAGCAAUGCAGGGUACUUUCAGCAUGGAUUUCCAGAAUUUGAAGUUUGGCAUAGAAACAUGUACAGCCAUAAGGCUGUGUUUUUCAAUCUCAAGAAUACUGGGAAAGUGGUAUAGACACAGCCCAGGUGACUUAGGUGCUGUAAAGUACUAUUGAAAGUCACUUUAAAUUCUUGUUCUAAGCCGCUUAGAGAUCCUUAAAGGUGCUGAAAUGCUCCUAGAACUCUCUAGCUUUGAGGUAUCUAGGCUCCCCAUAUAAGGAGGGACAGAAUUAUCUGCCUAGGGAAGUAGCCCUAGAAACUAGCUGAGCUGUGAACAGCCUCCUAGAGUUAGGCAGCUAAGUUAUGUAUGCACAAAAAAUAUCCAACAACAGAGAGAGAAACAAAUAUCCCAGAAUAGCAAACAGUUUAGUGCUUUCACUGGCUCAGUUCUACACUUUGCCUGUUCUACAGCAGAAAUGUGAACCAGAUCCCUGAGACCAUCAGAUACUGUAUGGUCAAAGUGUCUACCAUCAGAGCCAUUCCACUUUGUGUAAGUAGUUAAAUAUUCAUUGGCCCAGAGGAAAGUCAUAUGCAAGACUGACUCUGGUCCAGUGGUUUGGGCAUUCACCUGGGAUAUGGGAGCAUGAGAAUCAUGUCCCUCUUCCAAUCAUAUCUACUUAAACCAAGUGAAAAAGCUGCAAAAGAAGAGAUGGAAAGUGAGACACUCCAGAAUAGCCUGGGAGAACACCCAUAUGAGCUGUGGGAGACUGAGGUUUAUGUAGAUGUUCAGAAGGACUGGGGAACCUGGGUCUCCCACGUCUGGGGGGCCUGCUCUAAUCCACGCACACGUGCUAGCCAGUCAUAAUGCAUCCUUAGCAGAUUAUCUUUUGUAUGGAUUGCAUUGGACUGUGCCUGUGAGAGACAUGGAAGCACUGAAUUUGACAAUGCUGCUUAAAGGAAGGGUUUCAGAGCAGCUCAUUCACUGUGGGGCAGCAUCAGCACUUAAGCAGCUUUGCUCAAGCCAGCAGCAACAACUUAGCAUUUAGAUGCCUGCAGGUUUAGUUAGCUGAACAGUGGUUUGGGCUGUCAGUAAUAUGGAAAUAAUGAAGUUAGAUGCAUGAGACCUUAUGUCAAGCUAUUUCUGAUGGCUGGAAUGUGCAGGUAUUUAGGUAUCGAGAGGGUCCAGAGGAGGGCCACUCGCAUGAUCAGGGGGCAGCAGGGCAGGCCCUACGAGGGGAGGCUACAGGACCUGAACCUGUUCAGCCUCCACAAGAGAAGGUUGAGAGGGG